AUGCAACAAGAAGGGGAGGAGCUAGAGGUCAGUGGAGCGGAAGAUGACAUCUCGCAACUGAGCCUGAACCUUACCGAGGCCUAUCCUCGAGUCUCAACGAGUGAUGAUGAGAAAGAUCUACAGAAGCUCAUGGGUCCGCAACAUCUGUUCUGUAUUGCACCUUCGGGUGAUGAUCAACAACCUCUUUCUUUCUUUCUUUCUCUAUUCCCCUCUUUCCAUAUGGACCUGACUCCUGUACCCAUCCCGCUACUUGGUGCCACGUUCGGGGUAAUUCUCGUAGGAGCCAUCCUUUCUGCCAUUCUAUUCGGGAUAUUAAAUCUCCAGUCCAUCUGGUACUUCAAGCAGUACCCAAAUGACUGGUGGCCCUAUCGACUCGUUGUGGCGGCCAUUUGGGUCCUGGAUACACUAGAUGUCGCGGUUAGCACUCACGCAUUGUAUUUCCUUCUCGUCGAGACUCGGAUAGUGGGCAAGUUCCUAGCUUUGGAUCAACUUGAUAUCAUUUGGAGCUGCAAGGUUUGUAUUGUGAUUUUCUGGUUGUGGCUAUGGCAGUUAACGUCUCGUUGGCCCGGGCAGUUGCAUGUUCUUCUUGGAACUUUGAUCAAAGUAGCGGUCCAAGCUAUAUAUGCUGUACGACUGUGGAAAGGUCGCUUAUUGGCUCUUCGCAUUGGCUCUUUGCUAACACCUGCUGAUGGCCAGUCCGACAACACUUUCAUCUCAGUCGAGUCGUACCCUGGUUUCUUUCCCUCAUCAUGGCUUGUAAUGUCGGCACUGGAACAUUUUACGGAGUGUAAGAUUGUGUCAUUAUACCGCAUAUCAUCAAUAAUCCAAGACACUUCCAACAGCUACAGUAUUUCCACCUUCUCCAACAUUCCUACCAUCAAAAAGCCGGGCCAGUUCUAUGUUUCCCAAUACUAUUGCGACGUUGGUUGGGCUGAUGCAGCUGAUCCUGAUAUCCGGGUUGGUUACGAGUUUCUCAUGUGGCCGAAUACGCUCAUAUUCAUUGCGAUCGAUCUCAUGCAGCCGAGACUAUUUAUCAACUCCUUGUUAGCGAUGCUCAAUGCGCGAAAGGAGCUCCGAAAGAUUCCGAGUUCCCAACUCCUGGAACCGAAAGGUGAAUCUCAGCCGGGAUCUACAUCUGAAUGUGAGCGCAGCAGCAGGGGAGCAGAGACGAUAAUUUGGAAUCUGGCGCAAGCAAGGGCAAAGGUCUAG